AUGGGCAACAGUUUGGGAGGAAAAAAGACAGCAAAGGUUAUGAAAAUCAAUGGUGAAAUGAUCAAAUUCAAGACACCAGUGAAUGCUGGCGAGAUAACGAAGGGUUAUCCGGGUUACGUUCUGUUAGAAUCCGAAGCCGUUAAGCAUUUCAGUAUUCGAGCAAAGCCAUUGGAGCCGCAACAAGAGCUGAAGCCGAAGAGGUUGUAUUUUCUAGUAGAGUUGCCAGAAUUCCCACAAGAAAAGGGUGCGAGGAGAGUAAGAUCGGGCAUUCAUAUGAGUGCCAAGGACCGGCUCGAAAGCCUAAUGUUGGCGAAAAGAUCGGUUUCGGAUCUCUCAAUCAUGAAACCACAUAGCAUUGCGUUUGAGGAGUCGGUUAGAAGUUCGGAAGAAAAUGGUGCAAUGAGGCUUAAGAUGAGACUUCCCAAGGCCCAAGUAGAGAAGUUGAUGAUGGAGAGCAAAAACGGCUCUGAGAUUGCCGAGAAGAUAGUCAAUCUUUACAUGGUCAACAAAGUGGAUGGCGGCAGCGCCGGCACUGGCAGCGGCACGGCGGAACCGAAAAGGGUCCAAAAGGGUCCACUAUUGAAGCAACAUGUCCAAUGGAAGAAUGAUGAUGGAAUCGUUAACAGUAGUCUCAAAUCUCGCGAGAGGCACGUAGGAUUCUUGCCCGUCAGAGAAGGAGAGAUCGACCUAGCUGUUGCCUAA